CACCUGCCUCUUUUGCUCGAACCAUUGCAAAUAUCCGACUUUUGAGGUUCCUAGUGUCCAUACGAACACCGACGAUUGCCCCCUCCCGGUCGAACACCCGUCACCGAAAAGUCUCUGCACAGCAAUGACUGACUGUACAUUUAUUAAUGGAUUUUUCACAGCUAACCUUUGCAGUCUGGAAGGUGUUAACAAGCUGAACGACAGCCAGUGUCCGUACACAGGAAUCGUCAACCCAUUCGCGCGUGGCAAGACUCGUCUGUGUUCGAGGACAAAUGUUUUGAAUGAGAAAAAAAACUAUGUAGACUACGUUUUUAAGUACCAUGUCCAUGGUAAAUAUUGUAUUUUUAUAGAAAUGUACGUCGGAAUUUGCCAUGGUGUUGACCCCUGCCAAGUCAGAAGACCGUUUGUGAGCGAUGUAUUCGAGACCAUCAAGGCAGAACUGGCGGGAAUAACGAGGAAGGGCGCGCGGGUUCCUUUUAUUUUAUGGCCACUUUAAGUCACGGAACCGGCUUCAUCGUAUAGGACUGGCGAGCGGAUCUCCCUGCGCUACAGACACGGCGCGGGCACGCGCACUCUGGCUAACGCGGGACUGUGAGUGGCGAACCUGCUGUGUACAACGUGAAGGAAACAAGGUAUGAAAUAAGAGCAAGUUUUCGAUUCCAGAAAGUGCCUUCAGCCAUACUGGCUGAUGGCGGCAGAGUGUUGCUCCUGCCCCCUACAGCAGAAGGCCAAUGUGGAGGCGAUGGUUGUGCGGUUUCGAGCAGCGGCUCCUGCGGGAGCUCCAGCGCCAGCAGGAGCAUGCUAGCCUGUUCUGUGACACCAUGCUGCAGGCUGACGGUGUUUCCAUACCUGUCCAUAGCUGUGUCCUGGCUGCUUUCAGUCCUCAGCUUGCCAGGACGCUCUCUGCUGCCCGAGUCCUCACAUCUGGACAGGGGCGCCUGCUUCAGCUUCAGAGCAUAAGGGCCCAGACCUUGCUGAAGCUGGUGGGUCUGUUGUACUCCGGGGAGCUGCAGGGUGAGGGGGAGCUGGAGCAGGAGGAGGUGCUGGCUGUAGCCAGUUGGCUGGGUAUUGAGAACCUUGUGGAGGUGAAUGGAACAGGCAAGGAAGGUGUGGAGGUGGGUGGAGAUGGAUGGGCACAGCAUAUGAAAAAGAUGUGCAGAGAGGAAGAGCCUGUAAGCAGAACCAAGGGGGAUGUGGACACCUUGAAGGAGAGAGGUUGGGGAAGAGGAUCAGGAGAUGCGAGCAGGAAUGGAGGAACAGUGGCAUUGAGCAGGACAAUACAAGUCACAGAGAGACAUCGGGUGGUGAAAGGCGGACUGUCUGAGCACAUCCUGGAGAAUAUCACCUCUGCUGAAGCCUCCACCAUGACCCUAAGUGAUGAUGUCACUGCUGCUCCAUUAGGUCUAUCCCGGGCUGAAGCCUCCACCAUGACCCUCAGUGAAGAUGUCGCUACUGUUCCUUUGUUCAUUUCCCAGGCUAAAGUCUCCAUCACAAGGAAUGAUAUAUGUAGUAGGAACAAAGAUGGGGAAGUGGACAAGAUGGAAGCCAGGGAUAUUGCAAAGCUGGAAACAAUAGAGCAGAGAGAAGAAGCAGGUGAUGAAAAGACUAUGGUUGGGAGGAAAAGAAGAGGAGGACACUUGGUGGGGACUAGAAACAAUAUACGAGUGAGAGGAAGACAGAUCUCUAAAAUCAAACUGCGGCGUCAGUCCAGAGCAGAGCUCUGGGAGAUUGUGAGCACGAGGGAGCAAGAUGUCACCAUCAAACCCAGGCCACGGUGUCCAAUGGUAAAAGCAGGCCAUUGGAGUUGGCAGUCAGACCUACAAGAAAGUCAAGCUGUGGUGAACAGCAGUGCUCUCAACAUGGCACAGCGUCCCCAUCCCAGUCCAUCCCGCCUGCAUGCAUCUUCACUCUGUGUGUCUGAGGAUGUCACUGUGGGACUCGGUGUGCUCUCCUCUGCGCCUGAAAAGCCUAACAGUGCACAUGCGUGCAGGUGUCAGCCUCACCGGCCACAGAACAGGAGUCCUCCAAGUGCAGGUCUGCCCACUCACUGGAUGCCAGAGGUCAGCAUGGGAGCCUCUUCUGCUGGUGGCACCAUUUCAGGUGUGGUGAUGGUCCCAAGGCCCCAGCACAGCAUGGGAACAGCUGAUGCCCUUCACACUCCCUCCCACAUUCUCCCUCCACACAAUCUCCCUUUUGUCUGUUGCAUGGACAAUACGGACAACAUGACUGCAUCCCAGACCUGCAGCUCUCUGGCUCGAACCUCUGAACCCCACCUUGCCCUGACUCUGGCCUGCUCACAAAUAACUGUAGACAGAGUACAGGAUGGGAAUCUCCAAUCCAUGCCAACACCUGUUCUUGCUACGGGGCUCCACUGCAGCACCCCAAGAGGCCAAAGCAGCGAGAUUUGCAACUUUACUGGGCCAGUCAAGCAGACUAACAAAGUGCUCAACAAUGUGGUGGCUUGUGCACCCAAGGUUUUCAGGCAAGUCCAUACAAUGCAGAUUCCGUCCCAUUCCCUGUCCUUAAGAGCAAUUUCUGGGGACAAAACUGAUCCUGAAGAGCCAACGGUCCCAGCGGUGAGUCUUUUAGAAAGUACAUUAAAUCUUAAUGUAUUCAUUGCUGAAGAACACUAUAAGAUGCUUCAAGACCCUAGUUCCUCGCACUUUUCUCAUGAAACACCAGAGCAAUCUCAGACAACAGGCCCAUCCAGUCAACUUCACAAUGCAAUUCUCAGGGAGCCUUUGCAGGGCCUUGCUGGCAUUUAUGAAUGCCUGAUGCAGUCAUCUAAAAAUGAAUUCCCUAAUCAAUGCCUGGAGAAAUCUUUCCAAAGUCCUGGAGAAGGAAUUGAUGCUAUCCAAGAUAGAGAACGAGAACAGGACAGUGAAGUAUCUGAACUCAGAGAUGCAACACUUUUGAAUUGGUGUAGAAGUAAUGUGAAUAUUUCACAUGGAUUCUGGAAUAACAUAUUGCUAGGUGAGCCAUUUAAGAGGACGUCAUCCUGUGAUUGGCAGAGUGCUGAUGGUAACAUUAGCAGACCCCCUAAUGUAUGUCCUUUAAUGGUAAAUGACUUUCACAGACCAAAAGAACAAGGCUUGACAGCUUUUGCCUCCCAUCAGGCAAAACUGCUUCCACAGAUGUUUACAUCCCUCCAUCAGACCAAUGAUUUUAAACUUUCUGCACCAAAUGACAUGCCUAACUUGAAUAUGUGGCAUAGAGAAAUGGACAGAUAUGGAGAAAGAGAAAAAGAAAUAAAUACUGAGACAAGAAGAGAUUCUUGUGUAAAGAGAAAGGCGGAAAAACAGAAGCAGUGUGAAGUUUUGAGACACAAAAAAACGAAAGUAGAUGAUUACAUAUUCAGUCCUAUGAGUAUUACAGAGAAACUGAUAAUCACUGAAAUUAAGAUGCCAGUGAAAUCCUCUGGAGGUGUCGGGGGUCUUUCUGCAGUCAGAAGACUUCCCAGGCAAAGUCCCAAUAGACAUCUUACGUAUGUUUCCAAAAUCCAAACAGACAGUAAGACAAGGGAGUGCUAUAAGGCCACCGGGGACUCAAGAAGAUUAUACCAAAAAACAGGUGACAAAUGCAAGUGUAAGACAGUAGAAAAAGUCAACCCAUCUGAGAGGGACUGUAAAAGAGUAAAGGAGAGUCUGAUAGAGACAACGCAAGAUAGGGCUAUGGUGGGACAUUUGAGGAAGGGCAGGUCAAAUGUCUGCCUGCUUCCAUCAUGGAAACUCUCUCCUAUGCAAGGCUCACAGGUGACAUGUUCCAGCAAAAGUGUAAGAUCCGAUUGUCCAGAACCAAGAAGCCAAAGGGAAUUGGCAGUAAUUUUAGCAGAAAACCAGAACUUGGGUCUGCACACUGAACCGGAGGAGGGGUGUGAUACUCUGGGCAGGAAGGGAGGAAUGGGGGAGAUUAACAUGGUUGUUGGAGAUGAGCUGGGAGAUUUAAGGUCAGGAGAUAAUACAGUCAAAGUUGGACAUGAUGACAAAACCUUAUGGGAAGGAGAAAGAAAAACUGAACUUAAGAAUACAAAUGGAAUUCAGCCUAGAAAAGUAUUAAAGAAAGUUGGCACGUGUUUGACGAAGACAGAGAGGUUGAAGACUGGUGAGAGAAAAUGCCUUAAUAAAAAUAAAGGAUUGAUGAAAGCUUGUCGCAAUCACAUUUUGCAAUCGGUAGGAACAGGCAAUGGCCUUGACACCAAAGAUGUAGCAGGAGAGGUAGAUGCUAUGGAAGCUGGGAUGACUAACAACAAACUAACUGGAGUUUCUGAAAUAGAAAGAACUGAAAUGGGAGGAAUCAAUCAAACUACAAAAAUAAAGGAAAAGGAAGUAAGAUGUGAGGAGAUAAUAGAAGAGGCUGAAGCAGGAGGAAAGGGAAGAGUCAAGUAUAGACUAGAAACUAGAGAACAGGGAGAAGAGAAGUCAUUCAGGAUUUAUCAGAAAUCCUGUGUAGAAGUGAUUGAGAGUGGGUCUGAAAAAAGCUCAGAAAAUGGGAUGGACACAAAACAAAUAGAGGAAGGACAAGAGGAGGUUAAUGAAGUGAUUGAAAGUAGAUUCGAAAAGAGAAAUUCAGAAAAGGGGACGGAUACAAGUAAACAAAAAGAGGAAGGACAGGAGGAGGUUGAUAUAGAAGUGAUUGAAAUGAGAGAUGGGGAGAAUGGCUGUGAUUCAGGAGGAGUAGAUGAGUACCCAAUGGAAGAUCAGAUUCUGUGCACAUUCACAAAACCAGUACUUGAAGAUGAGGAAAUCGAUAUUAUAGAUUUCUCCAGUCCCCCUGCCGUUUUGCUGAACCAGCUACCGGUAACCAUGCAGGUGGACAUCAGUCCCAGAGAGUCAUCGGAGGACGACCAGGAGAUAGAUGUGAUCACCUAAACUGUACUCACUCCUGCGCCCAUUUUCCUCUUGGUAACAAAUCUCCCAGUGAGUACGGUUUGUCAGUCACCAUAACUUUCUAGGAAAAGCAGCAUAACUUCUUUUAACGUAAGAAAAUACAACCUGCGGGCACCAAAUGCUUAAUGGGCAGGAUGGAAAAGGGCUGUAUUCCGCAUAUUUUUUUGCAAUCAUCCCGUUAGUAGAACUGAUUUUCAGUGGAUAUGGUCACGCUACAGCAGCUUUCUCUUGAAUAUAUGGGUGAUGUAUUCAGUUACCUUGGAUACAGUAGUAAUGAUUGGUGUCAUGGUAGUUUCAUGUACCAAUGGUAAGACUGCAGACUGUAGCCAGUGACUGACUUACAUCUGGCUCCUGCUAUAAGUCAAAACCCAGCAUGACGUGAUUAGUUAUUCCCUUUUUUCUAACAUCUUUC